AUGCCUGGAUGCAGAAACUUCUCCGAACGUCACAUCACCUACGAUCAAAUCGCAAUCUCAAUUGCCAAUUCUGCCUUCGGUGUGCUAAUCCUUGUAAUUAACUCUCUCAUUCUUGUAUCAUUCUUUUCCAACAAGCACGCAAGGACACUUUCAAACUACUUCAUUGCUUCCCUCGCCCUCGUGGACGUUCUCAUGGGCAUUCUGCCGCUAAACUUUUUUACGGCGAACCGACUUAUCGGCAGUUGGCUAGCAGACUCAUUUGUCUGUGACCUCUGGCUGUUUCUGGACUAUUCCGGCUGCGCAGUCGGUCAGUAUGCUGUACUCCUCAUCACCAUUGACCGCUACUGUUCCGUCAAAAUCCCACUGGCCUAUAACAGUUGGAGAACAAAGACAAAGGUUUUCGCCCUCAUAGGCGCUAGCUGGAUCAUACCCAGUGUCGUCUUCGGCUUCCUCAUCUUUGGCUGGCCAUAUGACAGUAGUUCUACGCGGAAGUGCUACGCAGAGUUCAGCGUGCAUCCAGUUGCCAACACCUUUGUCAUUGUUGUCUACUUCUGGCUUACCAUGACCGUCAUCUUCUGUCUCCUGAUAGCCAUCUAUCGGGUUGCCUUUGCACUCCGUUCGCGGUCAGGUCUCCGGAGCCAAGUAGUCAGGCGCUUUUGGCGAGGACUGGAUGCAGUUGAAGACGAUGUCUCCCCGAAAAGAAGCAGAGAGGCCGAGAGGGUUGCAAGCAGUCUUGAAGAGAAGGCAGGAGAGGGGCUCAACGAGGCUCCUCUCAAUUGCAGUGGAUUAGCACUCAUGGCCUACGAAUUCCGGACCCUAUCCAUUUGGACGCUCCCAGGUGACGGAUAUGCUGCCACAACUUCUACCCAGCAUGCUGUUCUAUUACCUCAGUCUCGGGCCAGAAAUAGUGAGCCAACUUUGUCCUUCCCUAGGAACGAGAACGUUAAGGCGCCAAUUAGGAAGUCCCGUGAAUAUCCCCACAAUUCCUUGCUCAAAAAAUCGGGACGCACGUCACGUAAUAAUCCAGAGAUACGAAUUUCUACGAAGGACGAAGACAUGCUGACAUUCAUUCAGAAGUCUGUUGGAGACGAAAAAACAGAAAUUAAUUCUUCCGUGAUUAGAUCACGACUGAUAUUGCAGGAUUGUAGAAGCAGUCCUCUAAGCAGCAGUGCAUGUAGUAAGAACAAAAAAGGUGGAGAACAAUAUGUUCCAAAUUCGCGCUUGACUCUGGCGAUCAUGCGGCGAAUGUGGAAGUCAACACGAAAUAUUUGUUUCAUUCUGUUAGCCUACAUCGUCUUCUGGACGCCCUUUCAUGUGGUCAGUCUGCUUUCUCCCUUUCUCUGUCCAGAAUGGCCAAUUUUUUGCAACUCGUCAGACCUCUACAUGUUUUUCUACUGGUUAUGUUAUGUCAACUCCCUGCUAAAUCCUUUCUGUUAUGCGGUGACAAACCAGCGAAUCAGAAAGUCGAUACACUCCAUCGCAAACUGCUGGACGGUUUGUGAAAGACGAACUAGAGUACCCUUUUUGAUAAAUGCAAAAUAAGUUGUUUUUAUAUAUAUGUGUGUAUAUUUCUGGCAUCGUUGAAUUUGUCGUAUUUGUCACACCGGUUUAUAUGAACAUCGUAAGUUCAAUUUGCGAACAAUGAAAUGUCUUUUCAUAUAUCCAUUCUGAUUGCUUGACGGAAUAGAGGCGGGCUCAUGCUACACUCAAAUCAUCCCAGGGCGUCGAUCAAUGACCGAGGAAUGUAGACAACUUAGUAUUUAUGAAUGCUAACGUUAGAACAUGAUUUAGCGCUUAAUGAUCAAAUAGUUCUGGUUCAACAUUCAGCUUAUCCACCCCAAGUUUGAGUAUGGCUUGCAUUGAUAAAAAUAGGUUCAUAAGUGUUUUUUCAUGCAAACAUUAGAUAAAGUGAGUGUAGAAAUCUAAAACUUCAGGCCAAUAGACUUCUUGUUCCAUUAAUCGUAUCUUCUUCUUUUGGUUAAAUAUAUAAGCCUAUCAAGGAACACGCGGAAGUGAUGGUAGAAACGAAAGAACGAGUUCCAGAAACCCGUCUAAAAGAAAAAGAAUCGAUCGCUGAAGUUUUGCAUUCGAAGUCACAUGUAUCAUCAGCAUUCAUGAAGUACGGAUGCUAUGCCACUACAUGCCUACCAAAAUUAACGCCUCAGCGUUCACUUAAGAUGGUUGUAGUGGUCGCGAUAGUGGCUUGGUAGCAAACAGUUGAGUCGCUAGUUGCCCCAAUUUCAUUGCCCAUGAUUUUGACUGACGUGGCAAUCACUCCGCCAAUUUUCUCGUUGACAUUAGCAUUCAGAGUGGCAUUCGCCCGCGCGACUAAGCACUCUGCCCAGGAGGGAAAGGGCCACCGCGUUUGCUAAUCGACCAUGAAUCAAGAAACUAUUAUAACAGGUGCGACCAGCUGCGCCUUAUACGUGGGUCAUUUCUUUUGAAAUACACUCAGGGCCAUAUCAAGUGUGUUUGAGUUCUCCUCAAGAUUUGUUCAGGCACCUUACGAUAUUUAUUUUUCUACUCUCUGAAGUACCUCCGGAUUCGCCCCCACAGUUAACACUGACUUAGGGACUCAGCUCACUGUCAUGAACCUAGUGGGAGCUUAUUUGCCAGCUCUGAUAUGCCCUCAGAUUUGACCCGCCACUAGAUUCCUUCUAAGGGAAGGCAUUACAGCAGGGGAAAUUGGCUUGGGGUUCUGCAAAUGACACACUAAGGUGGUAGGUAAAACAGUUAUGUAAGAAAUAGAGGAUGUUCUUCCAGCUACGUUCAUAUCCCUUCCACUCAGUUACGGUCUUAGCCACUCUUUUUGUUCCGGCGGAAACCCGAUCCAGUGUGCUGAUUCCUGUCUGCGAUCUCUUUGACUCUGGUUUCAUCUUCGACUCAGAAUGGUGA